AUGGCAAACCAAUCAACCCAUACCAGACUUGUGCUAAACCCAUCAGCCCCUAAUUUCAGUCCUAGAGGUUUCUUUAAACUCAAGGUAGAAGCCACGACGCCUACCACCAAUUCUACCGAAUCCCAAAGUAUUUCGAGCAAAACUCCCACGGCAGUAUGGGAUAACCUUUUGGACGGCGUAGAUAUGGCCCAACCCGCUGGAGCGAAGUGCCUAAAACUCCAGAAGAGCAUACAGAUUCCAUAUCCUUCUUCAGACACACAGCAGAGACUUGAAAGAUUAGUCUACUUUACGACGCGAGACAUCUUUAUGCAAAGUCCUUUCAGCUUGAUAACCCGUCUAUCAGCCAACAGCGCUAUUGACAUAAUCAAACGUCAUCUUCAUCCAAGCCAUCUAGAGCUCCUCCUUCGACAGUACAAGAUGGAUGAGUUAGUUGAAACCAUGGUUGAGAUGCAUGCCAAGCAGAUUUACAUUUCAACUCCAGACUCUAUCAAGAAAACGUGGCCAUGGCUCCUGAAUGGAAAUGUCUCUGAACAGGCCACCAUAGAGACUACUAUGCCUCAGGAUAAAACCAACCAGUCAAAUAAAAUACAACCCAGCUCCACAUUGAAAGGAAGACCGAGCAAUAUAGAUUGGGAUAAAAGGUUUUCACCUAACACGUUAUUGGCUAGCAAGAACCUUAAUAUUGUCAACACAUACACACACAGUGUUUUAGACGAUGAAGCUGGCAGUAUCAUGAGUUUUGACCCCUCAGGCGAAGCUCCCCGUUCUAUUGAUCCCGACAACAUAUACUUCCCAUAUCCAACGUUGCGUGCUAUCCUCAAAGAGACUCGGCGCAUUUUGAAAGCGGCAUUCUACGAGUUUACAAAAAAUUACCUUCCAGAGAAGCUCAACCACAGAGUAUUUGAAUUUCCAGACAAUAGCUCUCUUGGUCAAAUAAUUCUGAUGGUCCAGGAUACUAUGAAUAACAUGGAUAACAAUCAGUUUCCAGCGGAGACCUUUGCUAAGUUAGCGCGUCUCCGAGACAUAGAUUCAAACACCGACUGCCUGAACUCAGCAAGCGAAUUAUACGAUUUGGUCUCUAGGCGCCGAAAUAUCAGUAUUUCCGGGUUGUAUCCACUACUCACGAAUAUUUUGAGUUUGGUAGAUGCUCUUGGAGCUUCCAACUGGAGCAAGAAGCAACGUGCUCUGAAUAAAUACACUUCAGUUCUCACGGCGGAUAUUAAGCAGAAAUUCGAAAAGAUCCAGGGCCCUAUACGCACUACUUUAGAACGAAUCAACAAUCAAAGGGAGGCACUCGCAGUUGAAGAAGAAUUGGUUACUCAAAAAUACCGUCAGGAUGAAAAGGAAAUCCAGCGUCAUUUUAUACUCGACUCCGAAACUCUUCGCGGAAUUAUACUUUCCCAAGGGAGUGCUGUCUCGUACCCGGGCUUGGAGGACGCAAGAGGGGAUGGUGUUCAGAGCAUUUCAAUCAUCGAAAGGCCUACGCCCCAUACUUCCGAAAACACAAAACAACAGCGUGCGCGUGCGGCAACUGAUAAUAUCGAAACACCAAUUGCGAAGAUUUCCAACCUCCCAGCUCCACCUGAUAUAUGCGUUUGGGACCCACAAAAACAGCUAAUUGAUUAUCGUCCAAGCGGAUCCCAGCUGCAGUCAGGUACGCAGAAUGGGAAACGAGCGACUAGAAGACGUCCAUGGGAUGAAGCUUCAAUUGAUCUUGCCCUUGACGAAUUAAACUCUAAAGAGAACAUUUACUAUGCCGCAAAGAAAGCUUCACAAAAGAUUAGUGAAAAGGGAAAAGCGGGUUUUCAGACUGGGUUACAGUCUUCUAGACAUACUCUUGAAGUCGUGGUGCCAUCAAAACAAAAUAAGGCAAUCCCGAUCAAGAAGAUAGAGGAGCCCACCCAGAAACCAAAACCUAUUAUGAAGGCGGAGCCUAUGCCGAAGUACAACCCUCACUCCAUGGAAGGCAGCAAAGGUACACAAGAAACAGAUCUACUUAUAGAUCUUUGA